UUGCAAAGGCAGAAUACCACCACCAUCACCACCGGCACCCAGCAGACGACGCGGCCCAGCGGGGAGGGAGGCGGCACGUUACGUAGUGUUACGCUAUUUCUGGACCGCCGCGACACCUGCUGGAUAACUACGAGUGUGUGCACGAUUGUCAUACGCUGGCAAUGUGUGGGGAGGAUGGGUAGCAUAAUCAGGGGGCGAGGGUGGAGCGCCCUAGUGCGAGCGUGUCACCACAACACAACAUGCAUCUACUACGGGAAGAGUGUGUCACAGUGCACCUCAUCGACACACCCCUACACCACCACGCACCUCAUGAAGGGGGUUGAUAAGAGGUUCAAGUCCUCUGCUGCAUUCCUGAGAAGUGCUGGAACGCUGGAGAGAGACAGCAAUGAGGGCAGUGAGGAGAGGACACUGCCCCAGGGAGACACCACAGCACAGAAGAGACCAGUCAGGGUGAUGGUGAUCCGCAGCGCCACACAGCAGAAGCCCUUGAGGAGCAACGAGGCACCACUCCUGCACCACGCCAGGGCUAGUGCUGUGGUGGACGUGAGGAAGGACGUAGCCACCCACAGCAGCCCACAGGAAAUACACCUCUCUGUGGACCAGCUGCUACGGGACUCCAGGAAGCUACUCUACAUUGCCAAGCGCUCACAGCAGAAUGAGGAUGAGGAUGACAUAGAGUACAGCAGUGAGAGGGAGUCCCGCAAACACAGGGAGCCAGAGCUGGUUGGAGCCUUGCCGCCCGGUGCCCUGGACUGGCGGCCCCAAGUGCUGGACUUCAGAAAGCUGGGAGUGUAUUACGCAGACUUGGCGAAGAGUAGAUUGACAGGACUGGUGGUGCUCACAGCUGUGGCAGGGUAUGCAAUGGCCCCAGCCCCCAUGGAGGUCACCACCCUGCUGCUGUGUGCCCUGGGAACUGGCCUGGUGUCUGCUGCUGCCAACUCCAUCAACCAGUUCCUUGAGGUGCCUUUUGACUCACAGAUGGACCGCACCAAGAACAGGAUCUUAGUCAGAGGUCUGGUGACUCCGCUGCAUGCCGUCAGUUUUGCUUCAGUGUGCAGCAUAGCGGGCAUCGGCAUGCUGUACUUUGGGGCCAACGGGCUUGCUGCUGCUCUUGGUGCUGUCAACCUGGUGCUGUACACGUCUGUCUACACGCCCAUGAAGAGGCUCACCAUUCUGAACACCUGGCUCGGCGCUGUGGUUGGUGCUAUCCCGCCCCUCAUUGGCUGGGCCAGCUGUGCCGGGGAGCUGGGUGCAGGGGCGUGGAUCAUGGCUGCCAUCCUCUAUGCAUGGCAGUUCCCUCACUUCAACUCCCUCUCGUGGAACCUGCGGCCAGACUACUCCCGGGCUGGCUACCGCAUGAUGUCCGUGACUGACCCAGAUCUGUGCCGGAGGGUCACCCUACGCUACAGCCUGGCCAUGGUGGGGAUCUGCACCCUCGCCCCAGUCACAGACGUCACCACCUGGACUUUUGCAGCUGACUCCCUUCCCUUCAACGGCUACUUGGUGUAUCUCGCUUGGAGGUUCCACCAAGAUGCAGACAGCAAGAGCUCCAGAAAGUUGUUCCUGUUCUCCUUGAUUCAUUUGCCUGUCAUCAUGAUGCUGAUGAUCAUAAGCAAGAAGCACUACGGUAAAGGCAAGACGACCGAGGCCGUCGGUGCUGCCAGUGAGAGUGUCGAGGGUGCAACAAAGAAUGAGCUGUCUCAUACUUUAGGUACCUGAUGCUAAUGUAACUUAUGAAUAGUGUACAUAAGUAAAUGAGGUAAUAUUUUUA